AUGGAAAUUAGCUAUGUGUACGCCAAAAGACGAUCGGAAUUCGGAAGACAGUGCAACUUCAGUGACAAAAAUGCAGAAAUGUUAGUUGAAAUACUCCCAGAUGUUGAUGUAUCACAUAAGUUUAUCGAAAUGAAUCCUAUCGACAAGGGUGUUCAGUCAUCGCAAGAAAUGUCCGAACACGAAGCUAACACUGAAAGAUAUCGUUCGGAAUCUCGAGGGAUGAACCAUACAGAAGGUGGCUGGCCAAAGGAUGUCAAUGCACAGGAACCUGACCAGGUUAUAAGGUAUCGGAAGAAGGUUGAAAAAGAUGAGUUGUAUAUUGCAACAGUUCAUAAACUUGGAAACAUUAUGGAGCACUGCAUUAAGCAAAACAAUGCACUGAAUAUUUAUGAAAAUUAUUUCGAAGAUUUCGAUGUGAACACUUCCGAAGACCCUCCAUCCGCUAAGACUAUAACCGUUUUAAAAGAUAUGAGCGAUCCAAAACGAAGCAUUGCACACAUAUCUUGGUAUCCUGAUGGUCCAACAAAGUUGGCUAUCGCCUACUGCAACACUGAAUUUAAGUCAGUUUCUGGAAACACCUCAAACGAGUCAUACAUAUGGGACGUCACCAAUCCCAACAGACCUGAACUGACGCUUAAAACAGCCUCUCCGCUUGUCUGCAUUGAGUAUAACCCUAAAGACUCCCACACAUUAAUUGGUGGCUGUUAUAACGGACAACUUUCAUUGUGGGAUAGACGCAGGGGCUCCAACCCUGUUGAAGUCUCACCGAUUGAACACAGUCACAGAGAUCCCGCCUGGAAAGUGAUUUGGAUACAAUCUAAAACCGGAACUGAAUGCUUUUCUACGGGUACUGAUGGUCAAGUUUUCUGGUGGGAUGUCAGGAAAAUGUCUGAACCCACGGAGUUUCUUUAUCUCGAUCCCACCAAGAAACAAGACUUUUCGUGUGCUCAAGGAGCUUAUGUAUUGGAAUAUGAGUCCACCAUACCCACAAAGUUCAUGGCUGGUACUGAACAAGGGAUUAUCAUCUCUUGUAACCGGAAAGGCAAGACACCUGCAGAAAAAAUUGUUGCUGCAUAUCCUGGACACAUUGGACCAGUUUACGCAUUGCAGAGAAAUCCAUUUUUUCCGAAGAACUUCCUUAGUAUUGGUGACUGGACUGCUCGAAUAUGGUCGGAAGAUAUUCGAGAUUCUGCUAUAAUGUGGACAGCCAACCAUGACUAUGGUCUUUCUGAUGGAUGUUGGAGCCCUGUUCGACCAGCUGUAUUUUUCACUACUUGUCUGGACGGAACAUUAAGCGUUUGGGACAUUAUAUUCAAGCAGGAAGCACCGGCUCUCAAUAUUCAGAUUUGUGACGAACCGCUUCAUUGCCUCAGAGUUCAAGAACAAGGUCGACUUAUUGCAACAGGAUCGCACAGUGGAGUGUGCACAGUUCUGGAACUCUCUGAAGGAUUUUGGACCCAAUCGAAAAACGAAAAAGCUUUAAUAACCUCUAUGUUCGAGAGAGAAACCCACCGUGAGAAAAUUCUGGACGCAAGACAUCGGGAGAUAAAACUACGUAAACAAAAACUCCAAGGGGCA